AUGUGUGGAUGUUAUUCUCCUAUGAUACAUGAAUUUAAGACAACUGGACCAGACACGAGCAAAACACAGACUAAAGGCAAAAAACGGAAGACAAGUGAAAAAGAAAACGUGGACUAUCGUGAAAAAACAAAAAGGACAAGAACAUAUCGAAAAGUAAGUUCAUCGUCCGAAAAUAGUACGGACAUGGAUAUUGAGUAUGCUGAUAGUGAGGUAACAUGUUAUAUGCAAGAAGAUACUUUAGAUAAUGAUGAAGAUAAUUUGGAUAAUGUUGAUGACGACCUCAUUGAAAGAAAAGAAGAUAACGCAGAACAAGCAAAUACGUUCGAUUUAGAUGAAAAAACUGGAUUUUUAAAUCAAAGGAUAGAUCCCAAUAAAAAAAUCAAUAUUUUGUCCACGAAAAUCAUCAUGAAAGCAAAAAGUGAAAUAAUGAUCAAAGCAAUGACGCAGAUAUAA